AUGACAUCCCAUCCACCAACCCCUCGAAAUGCAGAGACAGCAUUUAUCUCUGGCCCUGUCGACACAGGCCCAGAUAACACCUACUUCCACACCCACUACGUACCCCGGAUCAAUGCGGCCAUCGACCGAGGACAUCGCUUCGUGAUCGGCCCCGUCACUGGCGUAGACAGGGCCGCCUUGGACUAUCUCCUUGCGUAUCCUAUCCCUCCAUCACACAUCACGAUCUUCGUGACUCCGACUGAGAACAUCUUGAUGGGCGAUGAAUUCCGCGCUCGUGCAGUCAAUGUACAUGUUGUCGAUGGCGGUUUGAACAUGACAACUCGGGAGCGCGAUGCGGCGAUGACGAGGGCUAGUUCUUAUGAUAUUCUCCGGUGGAGGUCGAGGGCGGAGUCGAGGGAGUUCUACGGACAGUUGUACAGGGAAGGGUAUGUUACGAAUACGGAGAUGAAUUGGAGGCGGCGGAGAGGAAUUAGUGAGACGGAAAUCGUGAGGGAAGAAGAUGUGUUUCACCUACACAGUGCAAGUUAA